AUGCCCUCUCUUUUCGCAUGGCUCCGGCGGGUCUACUCGCUGGACACCCUAGACACUCGCUUUACCUCCUCCGCAACACUUGCUCACGACACGCGACCUUCCUCCAAAGAUGCCCGCGCCAACGCAAUCGCCCAGGGCGCGCCGCCAUCACUCUGGCGCACCCCGGAGUUCUUCAUCUACUACCUUUUCUUCAUCACGCUCGUUCCAUUGAUGUUCAAGACUGUCAUUGAUGCCUCGAAGGAAAGCAACCCGAUCUACCCCAAAUACUCUGAUCUCUUAUCACCGGGAUGGAUUCCUGGCCGUCUGGUCGACAACUCCGAUGCGCAAUAUGCCAGCUUUCGCGACAACAUCCCUCCUCUGCUCCUCCUUUUGAUCAUCCAUCCUCUCGUCCGCCGGGUCUAUCAGUCAUACCCGAAUCGCUGGAAGGUUGAAACAAAGCCAUCGAGCUACUCCGUGGUUGGUGUGGGCGAGGCGCAACUCGAACAGCGAAUGCGCUUCGACUUUUGGUUCGGACUGGUGUUCAUCACUGUGCUCCAUGGAGUAUCCGCUCUCAAGGUUCUGUCAAUUUUGUACAUCAACUUCCGAAUUGGCAAGGAUGUUCCCCGUUCAUAUGUCCCUGCUGUGACUUGGACUUUCAACCUCUUCAUCUUGUUUGCCAAUGAGUUAUGUGGCGGAUACCCCCUCGAGCGGAUAGUGACGCUGUUCGCACCGGCAUCUGGCACGUCUGGAGAAAGCACCAGCAUGUUAUUCCAGUUUGCCCAGACCAUAGACAGUCUUGGAGGACUCAUGCCGCGGUGGGAGGUCCUCUUCAAGGUGACUGUGUUGCGCCUCAUCAGCUUCAACAUGGACAACUAUUGGAGUGCUGACUACCCCGCGGCAAGUCCAAUUGAAAAGAAGCAGCUCGACCCGGCGUCCCUCUCUGACCGUGAAAGAGUCAAGAUCCCCGCUGAACCAGCGUCUUUCACUCUACGCAAUUACAUUGCCUAUAUUCUGUACUCACCAUUGUACCUAGCGGGUCCAAUCCUGACAUUCAACGACUACGUCUCCCAGCAGCGCUACAAACCAGCAUCAGUAACUCGCAGCCGCACCGCACUCUACGGCAUCCGCUUCGGCCUCACCCUCCUCUGCAUGGAACUAAUCCUCCACUACAUCUACGCAGUAGCAAUCUCCAAAUCCAACCCCGACUGGUCCGUCUUCACGCCAGGCCAGCUAAGCAUGCUGGCCUUCUUCAAUCUCCACAUCAUCUGGCUCAAGCUUCUCAUCCCCUGGCGCUUCUUCCGCCUCUGGGCCCUAGUGGACGGCAUCGACCCACCAGAGAACAUGGUCCGCUGCAUGUCAAACAACUACUCAGCCUUUGCCUUUUGGCGCGGCUGGCACCGCUCCUACAACCGCUGGAUCGUUCGUUACAUCUACAUCCCCCUCGGUGGUGGCGGCGGCGGACGACGACCAGCCGGAGGCCCUAAAGCAGCCACCCCACCCAAAUCCAAUUUCAUGAACAAGUUCCUCCAAAUCCGCAACUUCCUCAUGGUCUUCACUUUUGUCGCUUUAUGGCACGAUAUCAACCUCCGUCUGCUUAUGUGGGGGUGGCUGGUUACGCUCUUCGUCCUACCAGAAGUCCUCGGCGGUAUGCUAUUCCCCGCGCACCGCUGGCGCUCCCGUCCGACUGCAUACCGUGUUCUAUGUGGUAUCGGAUCCGUUGGAAAUGUGCUCAUGAUGAUGAUUGCCAAUCUGGUGGGCUUUGCGCUUGGUUUGGAUGGGCUUAAGGAUCUUCUUGCUGGUUUGACCGGCUCGUACUCUGGUCUUGCUUAUAUGGUUUCCUGUUGUGUUGUUCUGUUCGUUGGUGUGCAGGUCAUGUUUGAGGUUCGAGAGGAUGAGCUCAGGGCUGGUAUUAAUCUGAAAUGUUGA